GCCUCGGAUGCAUCUCCAUUUCGACUUCGAUUCCCGUUUCGAGUAGAUGUGGCGCAAGUUUCCACCUGAAUGAAGCUGCCACCGAAGGUAGAAAACGCGUGGAAGCGUUUCUUGGCCAUAAUGUCGCUGCCGGAUUUGCUAGUCCUUGCCUGUUUGUGGGCCAGUGGUUUCUCCCUGGGUUAUUAUGCCAAGUCGGCUUAUGUGUACGACAACCUCUGGCCCCAUUGGUACGCACUGGUGGGCGGGGUCAUGGCCUUGGCUCUGACCUUGGGUUGGACCCUCAGAAAGCACAAGAAGCAGCAAUACAGCUACGAUCACUACUAUAUCAUGUUCUACGGACUGCUGUGCUCGCUGAUGGGAAGCUGCUUCAUGCUGACUAAGCAGUUGGCUGUUAGCUAUUACUUCAUCUUCGUGGGAUUGAGUGUGCAGUACUUGGCCGGAUUCAGUUACGUGAGCCUCCGUUGCGAUGCCUCGGGAUCAAGGCCUUCCAGGAUUGCCCUGGCCAACUCAUUAUAUGCCGGAGGAAUGACCACAGGAUUUGUGAUUUUCAACGAGAUGGAACCGCAACGUUGUGGAUUGAUUGCCCUGGGAAUCAACCUGCUUUUACUCUGCCUCGUCUGCCUCAACGAGUUGCUGCACCAUAUACAUUGCAUUAACUACAAGGAAUCAAGGGAUUUGGUGUUUAAUCUACUGAACGAAGAGAAGAUGGUCUUCCUGCCGCGUCAGGCGAUUCUGGCCCAGUUUGUGGGCAGGACGGAUUACCAGCUGAAGGAUAGCAGGCAGUGGUUGGUGCUGAUCCUGGGAGGAUCCCUGGUGUACCUGCAAAAGAGCUGCCUGCUCUUCUCACCCACAUACAUGCAACUGAUGUGGAGCAGCACAGUGGGUUUUCUGCAGAGAACGCAGCUGUAUAUCCCCUUUGUUCUGUACUCGGGUGGCACCACUUUUGGAGCCCUGCUACUGAUGAGAUACACCCCCAAACUGGUUUACCUACUCUUCGGACUCAUCCAGAUGACCUUGAUAGUGGCAUUGCUGUGCAUCUACAGUGAUGAGCAGACGGAGCAUUGUUUUCUGUUCCUCUGCCUCAUAUAUAUCACCAUGGGCGUGCUUUCCAGUCAGGGAAUCCACUGGCUACUGGAGUGCUCACCCUUUCUGUACACCGAGAUGUCCUUGGCCACUGGAUUCAUCCUGCAACUGGCCGUUCUGGAGAGCUGCAAAUACGAGUCCUACGCCACGGACAACUGGAUAGCCCUGCUCAGUGCCAGUGUGGUGGCACUAGUGCUCACGGCACUUGCCAUCCCGGUUGUCCAGUGGCUCCAGCCGCACUCCGCCAGUCUGGUGGACGUUCGCAAUCGCCUGCUGGGCAUCCGAAGGCAAUCCCUGCCCCCGGAACAGACCCAAUUCUGGCACACCAAUCACUUUCUGGCCCACAACAAGCCCGCCAACCAGCUGGAAUCCGUCCAGCUGGGCAGGAGCAGGGUGUUCCAGCAAUAUCCCAUCAGCGGGAGCGACCUCACCGACAACCCCAAAAACGACAAGUUCUGAUAAUAAAGUGCCGCACUUUAAACUCCCA